AUGUCCCCCAUCGCCACCCCCCAGUCCGCACCUCCCAGCUCGCUCACGCCCUCCAAGCCAGACCUCAACAAGCCCGCCGCCAUGCCGUCCGCCCAGUACCACGCCGCGUCCACCUCCGCUGCCAUUGACGCAGAGCACCAGUAUGCCGCCCACAACUACCAUCCCCUCCCCAUGGUCUUUGCCCGUGCCUCCGGCGUCUCCGUCUGGGACCCCGAGGGCCGCCACUACCUGGACUUCCUCUCCGCCUACUCCGCCGUCAACCAGGGUCAUUGUCACCCGGAGCUGGUCAAGGCCCUGACCGAGCAGGCCGCGACGCUCACGCUGAGCUCGCGGGCCUUUUUCAACGAUGUCUUCCCCAAGUUCGCUGAGUUCGUCACCAAGUACUUCGGUUACGACAUGGUGCUACCCAUGAACACGGGCGCGGAAGCCGUCGAGACUGGUAUCAAGAUUGCCCGCAAAUGGGGCUACAAGGUCAAGGGCAUUCCGCCCAAUGAAGCCCUCGUGUUGAGCGUGGCCGACAAUUUCCAUGGCCGGACUUUUGCAGCUAUCUCCAUGUCCACUGACCCGGAAUCCAGGGACAACUAUGGCCCAUACCUUCCUAACAUCGGCAGCACGAUCCCCGGAACCGACAAGAAGAUUGCCUUCAACGACAAGCAGGCCCUCCGGGAGGCCUUUGAAGCCGCAGGCCCCAAAAUCGCCGCCUUCUUAGUGGAGCCCAUUCAAGGAGAAGCCGGCAUUGUCGUCCCCGACGACGACUACCUCAAGGAAGCCCGUGCCCUCUGCGACAAGCACAAUGCCCUGCUCAUCUGCGAUGAGAUCCAGACCGGCAUUGCCAGGACCGGAAGACUGCUGUGCCAAGAGUGGAGCGGUAUCAAGGGAGACCUGGUCCUCCUGGGCAAGGCUAUUUCGGGCGGCAUGUACCCGGUUUCUUGCGUCCUGGGUAGCAAGGAUGUCAUGAUGACCAUCGAGCCUGGCACACAUGGUUCCACCUACGGUGGAAACCCACUGGGUUGCGCCGUGGCCAUUCGAGCACUGGAAAUCAUCCGUGAUGAACAGAUGACUGAGCGUGCUGAGAAGAUGGGCAAAAUCUUCCGAGACGGAAUUGCCGCCAUCCAGAGCCCAAUUGUGCAGACUGUCCGUGGCCGUGGACUGUUGAAUGCCGUGGUUGUGGACGAGAGCAAGACGGGAGGCCACACUGCCUGGGAUCUGUGCAUGCUCAUGAAAGAAAAGGGUUUGCUGGCCAAACCCACUCAUCAGAACAUCAUCCGAUUCGCACCCCCAUUGGUCAUAUCCGAAGAGCAGAUGAAACAAGCACUAGGCAUCAUUGAAUCUGCUCUUAUGGAGCUCCCCACCCUCAACGGUGUCGAAGAAGAUCGAAUUAUCCCAGAGUCCGAGAGACACUUCAAAGUUUCCGACAUCGACCAGUGUUAG